AACACUGCGUUGGAAAGCAUGGGACCACGGUGGGUGAGACCCGGAGACGGCGCUGGUGUUAUCAGACAAAUUACAUAGACCACUAAGUGUAGCCAUUGUUUAUGAGUUUACGCAAAAUACGGAACACUAUUCAACGGGAGUUAGGAACAGUCUUCUCUGACAAUAUUGUAAACCGAUGAUCCUGGCUGUGCAGCAGGAGGACAUAGUGUUGUCUGAGUUGUCUGAGAGUGGAGGAGUUCAGGACCACCAUGCCUGCUGGAAGUCCACACUCUGACAAGACACUGUAGGACACACAGAUGUUAUCCGAUUAAACUUAGUCCGUGACUGAUGGCCUCACCAUAGGAAUCAUUAGUCGAUCGCAAUGGGAAACUCUGAGAGCCAGUACAGCCUUCAGGGGCCCAAGGGCACCAGCUUCAUCCUCCCCGGGAAACAAAAACCCUACUCACUAAAGUUCCGCUCAACCAAAGAGGAGGUUCUUUCCCCCCAUACGUGGUGGAAAGGUGGGCCAGGGGGCUCGGGUUACAAAGCCAGGACUGUUGGCCGAGGCUGCCUCUCCCCCCCGCAGAGGAGAGGAGAGCCGUACGUCUCCAGACACUACGAUUAUGUCACCAUGGGGGUGAAGGUCAGUCCAAACCGCCGUCGUUGGCAUGACUCCCCACCAGGAGGCGGCUCACAACUCCCAUCUGAGAUUGGCUGCUGCCCAUUUGAAGGCAGUGGACGCCUGGACAGUAGAGCAUCAGGGGAGCUGAACGACCAUGCUCUGAACGGACACAGGAACCCAGAGAGAAUGCCAGGAGAGGGUGAGGGGCUGGAGGAGCAAAGCAGUCCCAGGGUGGUCAUCAAGAAGGAUGGUAGUUUGAGGGUGGAGUUCACCAACACUAACAGUGGUCUGCUCCUGGACGAGGCCUCUGGGCCAGUGCAGCUGCUCAAAUUCUCCCCCACCCUAGAGUCCACCCCAAGCCUUCCUGGCAGCAGCAGGAGGCCUGAGGCCCACCACGGAGCUCCGCAGCCAGCCUCAACCUCCACCACCAGGACCAGCAAGGGCAGCUCGCUGAGCUCCGAGGGGUCCUGGUACGACUCGCCCUGGGGGCACAGUGCGGACCUCUGCGACCAGGACCAGACCUGCUCCCCCAGUAGGACUAUGGGGAACAGUGGGGCUGACCAGUUGGAGGCCUUUGGCCAACAGUCUCCCCUACAGUCCAUAUCAGAUCUCUACAGGGACCCUAGUAUGGCUGCCACCUUCCCCACGGCUAAGGACCUGUCGGCACAGUACAGGGAAUCCCCCCAUCAUAUCCAGCACCGGGCCUCCUUUGUUUCGGCCCUGGACGUGCCUACUGAGGAGGAGUGUCCGGAGGCUAGGCAGUACUCGUCCUACACCCUGCCCUGCCGUAAGGCCCGGCCCAGCGGAGAGCGCUCCACCCUGAAGAAGGGCUCUGGCGCGGUCAGAAGUCGCAUGAGACGCCUCAGCGACUGGACUGGAAGUCUUAGCAGGAAGAAGAGGAAGACACAGGAGCCCCGGUAUAAGGAUGGCAGCGAGGUCUUUGACAGUGGAGUGGAUGGCCUGACAGCUGACACGAGCUCUCCCUCCCAAGUAUCCAGCCUGUGGUACCCUGGCGGUGUGGGGGCCUCCCGGGCCCAGUCGGCAGGGGCUCUCCACCACAGCAAUGAUGCCCUUCGUCAGAACAUCUAUGAGAACUUCAUGCGGGAGCUGGAGACAGGGACUGGUCAGGGCAGUAGUGGAGGAGGGGGAGCUGGUGAAAGGAGAGACCCGUCUACAGGGACAGAAGAGGGGGAGAGCAGCAGUGAGUCUGCAGGGGGCUCUCUGGAGCAGCUGGACUUGCUGUUUGAGAAGGAGCAGGGGGUGGUACGCAGGGCCGGCUGGCUGUCCUUCAAACCCCUCCUCACCCUGCAUAAGGACAGGAAGCUGGAGAUGGUCACACGCAGGAAGUGGAAACAGUACUGGGUCACCCUGAAAGGUUGUACCUUGUUGUUCUAUGGGAAGGGUUCUCCAGAGCAGGAGCUGUCUCCGCGCUACGCCCUGUUCGCAGAGGACAGUAUCGUCCAGGCCGUUCCCGAGCACCCCAAGAAGGAGAACGUCUUCUGUCUCAGCAACAACUACGGCGAUGUCUACCUCUUCCAGGCCAGCAACCAGACAGACAUGGAGAACUGGGUGACAGCCAUCCACUCUGCCAGUGCCUCUCUGUUCGCUAAGCGCCAUGGGAAGGAGGACACGCUGCGUCUGCUGAGGAGCCAGAUCAGAGGCCUGCUGCAGAAGGUAGACAUGGACGGCAAGAUGAAGAAGAUGGCUGAGCUGCAGCUGUCCAUCGUCAGUGACCCUAAGAACAGGAAGGCCAUCGAGAACCAGAUCCAGCAGUGGGAGCAGAACCUGGAGAAGUUUAACAUGGACCUGUUCAGGAUGCGCUGUUACCUGGCCAGCCUGCAGGGGGGCGAGCUGCCCAACCCCAAGAGCCUGUUAGCUGCAGCCAGCCGGCCCUCCAAAACCGCCCUGGGACGCCUGGGUAUCUUCUCUGUGUCCUCCUUCCACGCACUGAUCUGUUCCAGGGAUGAGGCCACACUGAGGCGGCGCUCCAUGUCCCUGAGCCAGAGAUCACGUAACAAGAGAGGCCUCUUCUCCUCCCUCAAAGGUCUCGACAACUUCACCAAGAAGGGCCGCGACAAGAGGCCGUCUACAGACCAGAUCUUUGAAAGUGAUGAAGGCGGACAGGCCUUCUGCCUCCCACACACUAGUUCUGAGAGACUGGACAGCUUGGCCAACCACUACUCUCUGGCUCCCCCCGAGGGUGGCCUUUGGGAGAGCAGUGGAGAAACACUGACCUGUGUGUACAUGCCCGACAGCCACGCCAUCCAAGUGCCUAUGAGACGAGACCAUACAGUGGCUGAUGUCGUCUCCCUAGCCUGCAAGUUGAAUCAGCUGGACCCUAGCCUGCACUGCCUCAGACUACACAGAUGCUUGGCCCAGAACGUAGAGGUCCGCACCCCUGCACCGGGCGAACUACUACACGACCUGUUGUAUGACGAGCUUGAAGUGUUCCUGCUGAAUGUGUUCACCCUGCAGAUGACCAGACCUGCCUGCACUGGGGACUUUGGCUUUGCUGUGACAGGCCACAUAGACGGACAGAGGAACAGCCGCGUCUUUGUCAGUGAGGUGCUGUCUGAUGGACUGGCCUUUAGUGAAGGGCUGAGACCAGAUGAUGAGAUUGUGGUUCUGAACGGUCGAGGCGUGUCCACUCUGGACCUGGGUCUGAUCCAGAUGUUGUUUUCAGAGCAGACCCUCCAGCUGACCCUCAGACGGGAAGCCGCGUCCACCUCACCCCAAAACUCUGGUCCCUCGACCCCGACCCCACUUCCCAACCAAUCACAGCUGCUGCAGGACUUUCUGGACACACACCACCGCGCCAAGUCCACCACAGAUGUGUCCUUGGUGCCAGAGGUCCCUGGUGAGUCCCUAGGCUCUGGGCUGGAGAAUCGUCUACACCACUCCCGCCACAGCCACAGGGCCGUACAACACAGCAAGAGCGUGGAGACGCUGUACCACACCUUCCAAGAGGGCUCCGGGGGCCUGAUGGAGGGCCACAAAGAUCCCCCAAACCCAGGGGCCGAGCCCACCCUGCUCAGAACCUGCCCCCGACACAUGAGCUCCACCGAGAGGCUCAGCAAGGUCAUCCAGGAGCUGGUGGACACAGAGAAGUCCUACGUCAAGGACCUGAGUUGCCUCUUUGAGAUCUACCUGAAGCCCUUGCAGAAUGAGACCUUCCUCACUCUGGAUGAGAUGGAUAGUCUGUUUGGCAGCCUGCCAGAGAUGCUGGACUUCCAGAGGGUGUUCCUGCAGACGCUGGAGGAGAGGAUCGCCUCUUCACCUGACUUCCGAACCCUGGAGACCCCUGAGCAGUUUAAGAAGCUUCUCUUCUCUCUGGGUGGAUCCUUCCUGUACUACGCUGAUCACUUCAAGCUCUACAGCGGUUUCUGUGCCAACCACAUCAAGGUCCAGAAAGUCCUGGAGAGAGCGAAGACUGACCUGGCCUUUAAGGAGUUUCUGGAUGCGAGGAACCCAACGAAGCAGCAUUCGUCCACCCUGGAGUCCUACCUGAUCAAACCAGUCCAGAGAGUGUUGAAAUACCCUCUACUUCUCCGAGAGCUAGUGUCCCUUACUGACACAGACAGCGAGGAGCACUACCACCUCACAGAGGCCCUGAAGGCCAUGGAGAAGGUGGCCAGCCACAUCAAUGAGAUGCAGAAGAUCUAUGAGGACUAUGGCUCUGUGUUUGACCAGCUGGUGGCAGAGCAGAGUGGCCCUGAGAAGGAGGUCACAGAGCUUUCCAUGGGAGAAUUCCUCAUGCAUUCCUCUGUCGUCUGGCUCAACCCCCAUGUCUCGCUGGGCCGCAUGAGAAAGGACCCCGACCUGACCGUGUUUGUGUUCAAGAAGGCGGUGAUACUCGUCUAUAGGGAGAGCAACAAGCUCAAGAAGAAGAUGACCGCCCCUCGCUUGGCGCACUCCCAUGGAGACCUAGACCCCUUCAAGUUCCGCUGGCUCAUCCCGCUCUCUGCACUGCAGGUCCGACUAGGCAACACUACAGGAACUGAGACGACCUGCAUCUGGGAGCUGAUACAUACCAAGUCUGAACUGGAGGGAAGGCCAGAGACGGUCUUCCAGCUGUGUAGCAGUGUCCCAGAGUGCAAAGUCAACAUUAUCAAGGUUAUCCGCUCCAUCCUCCGGGAAAACGUCAGGCGGAACAUGCGCCCGGCCGAGAGGGGGUGUAAGGAGCGCCUCACGCCUCUACGCAGCACCCUGCCCUCCUCUGCCAGGAUAGGUUCGACCAGAGCCUCCUGGCUGUGUAAGCAGCCCAUGCUGGAUCUCCCCUCACCAACCAGCACACUGAAACCUGGCCAGCCUGACUCUGACGAGGGCAGCCUGAGCAGCGGCACCCACAGCUCCUCUUGCCCUCCCCCAGCCAACGGUCCCACACAGCCGAAGACACUGCCCACCCGACAGGCCUGGUCCCGGGGCUCCCUGGGUAGCCAGCGCUCCUCUGUCUCUAGCUCUGUGAAGGAGUCAGACAUCUUGAGUGAUGAGGACGAUGAUGAGUUCAGUGAGUCUGGGGGGCGGCAGGAGGGGAAAGGGUGCUCCCCGACGAGCGCCAUCGAGGCCCAGUUUCUCAGUCUGAGGCUGUCGGAGGAAGCAGCGUCCUCCCGGGCACCGGCUCCCCGCGUGCAGCCAGAGGGAGCGGAGGUGGACACCCCGGAGAGCCCGCCCAAACUGGUUCAGGGCCACAUCUGCCCCGUGAAGAGGAAAGGCAGCAGCAGCCUGUGGCAUAGCCAAGGGGAACACAGCCGUUCCCUGGACAGCCAGACAGACGUGGCAACGAUGGACCUCAACGCUCUACUGGAGAGAGAGUUCAGCGUGCAGAGCCUCACCUCCGUGGUUAACGAAGACUGUUUCUACGACCCUACGGACUCCUCAGACACCACAUACACUGGCAGUGCCCCCAACGCCUCGUAGGGUCAGGGAUGGACACAAGGAGAGGAAGAAGGAGCAAACCUCUGCCCAGCCCCUGCUCCCUGCCUCGGGGCAUAUGGACAAUCCCGGUUCUGUCCUAGUCCCAGGGUAUCACAGGGUUCUGUUGUGCCUCAGCUCUGAAGUUAAACUGUGUUCCUGUGAGUGCGUACAGUAGGCUGGUCGUUCCAUGAAAUUACUCCUUUUGGGUAGGAUAACUUGGUGGUGGGGGGAUGUUUUAUUUCACCUAAUUUUAACAUUGUCAUGAAGAGCACAUGUUCUACAAUGUACAAUGUAUAGUAAGUGCCAAAUAUAGUAACAGGGUUGAGGAUUUCAUCUUAAAUCAGACAUAAAUCCCCUUGUGACUGGGGAAAUGGAAGCAUGCUGUCUGCAACAGGGAGGGACAAUUUAAUGCAAGCUUCACCACCCACUCAGUUUUCCACCACAAAUCACCAGAAAAUGGCACAAAAUAGUACAACUAGAUCACCUGCUUUUAAACUUUUAUUUGUCUAUUAGGUGUUUCUUUGUGUAAACCUUUGCCUGGUACUGUAUUUAAAAAGGAGUAGUUUCACCAUGUUAAAAUGAGAGUUCACUUCAAGUAACAGGGUCGAUCUUAAAAUGAGGGACAGAGGUAAAUUAAUCGCAUUAAAUUAAUCCUCUUCAGAAAUGACUGUCAAAGCAACAGAAGAAGUAGGGCUUUACAAUGGUGGUGAAAUUUGGAGAAAUGUAGUAGGUUAACAUCUUUCUAGAAGUCAUAUAUGGUACACAUCAAAAUGCAUAUUUAUUGAAUGUUCCAAGUUGGGCACUUCAUUUCAUACAACAGGCUUUUAAAAUACAAUAUUGGUGCACAGUUUCUACUGAAAAUAUCAAAGGGACGCAUUACGUGGAACGACCAAGGCAGAUCCCACCUGCUUAGCUAUGGUGUAAAAGGACAGAUGAGUUGGUUUCCCCCCUAGAGAGAGACGAGGUGACUCUGUCCCUGAUAAUGACGGCAAUGAAUCUGCCGAGCACUGAUGCACAACGUAGCUCCGCCUCCACCCAGCGCUCUACUGUAUAUGCCUCACUCUCCCCUUCUCUAAGGGGCCAUCUCAAUUGGCUUCCUCCCCUCGUCUCCUCGAUAUAGGAGAGGUGAAUAUAAUUUUGAUGGAUAGACUUUGCUCUCAUCAGUCAGAGGAAAGGAGAUGAGGAUGCCACUUGAGAUUCACCCUAAAAGCUUCACUUUAACUCGGGACUUUCUGUAGGAGUUAGGGCUCUAGUUCAAUCCGUAUCGCCGGAAGUUCAGCGUUACGUGAUUGAACUUUUUAAAGGGAAUGUUCCCGUGUUAGCGAAGACUGCAUUCUGGGUAAAUGUUGCAUAUGUUCAAUUAAGCUUACGUUUCUAAGCUUAGUCUGUGAUGCUUUAUCAAUAGACUGAACAAAGCCCUUCAUCUGAAUCAACAGGAUUGAAUGGACAUAGAUUUUAUUGCGAAUCUGCCUUUCUGUAUUUUGUGCACUAAAGUACACUGUUUGCCUAUAUUUGAAACAUCAUGGGAUUUGUGUUUGUUUUUAAGCAAUGUUUAUUUAUUGAUCUGCAAAAUAAAUAUGGGGUUAAGGCUUGAAUUGAAGAAAAUGUUUUUUUCUCCCAAUUAGAUUUAAUUUCAGUGUAUUGAAUGAGUGGUUGUCGUCCUCCUAAAGCUAGCUUCCAGUGUGUACAGGCGUUGUCAUAAAACUGCAUGAUUUAAUUGAAAACAUGCGUUGUCAACUUGCCCUGUUUGCAGCUCCCAUACGUUUCUUUUCUAUGUACUUGUGUACAUAUUUUUCCAGAAUAGCUGUACUGUAAGUUAAUUUGAAUCUUUUAUAUUCUUACACAUACUUGACAUUUCUACAGGUAGAUACGGCUGUAAUUUGCAAUAAAUACAGUACCACGAGUAGUUUGGGUCUAUUUUUGUAAAGGUACUUUAUUUUUUAGCCGUUGCAUCUUGAAGCUACUGUUUGCCCUCGACUCCACUUUAACGCUUGCGUACCAAUGAAUGUGAAAAUCCCCUUUUUCUUGAACUGUUUUCUAAAUAAACGUUAUCUGCGAGA